GCUAGGCCCUAGGCUACGAAAAUAGAGAGAUCACAAGUCGGCGCAUCUCAGUGUUCAUGUCCAGGCGGCGAAAUGAAACAGUGUACCAAUGGCCAAAGCACAAUGUACACAGCACUUGAGUUUUGAGUUCUUGUUGAUAAACCAUUGAUUCACAGCUGAAACAGUCGUAGCCACUUGUGUAUAUGCCACCCGGUUCAGUAUUAGUCCAGUGCUGUAUUUGCUCAGGACUCGAGCGGUGAAGGAAGACAGUUCGAAACACCAAGCUUAGCUGCUAGCUGUCGUCGAGAGUUGAAAGAAAACAGGAUGUCCUCGUCGGACCCAGAGAGCAGUGAUGAACUAGAGUCUAGUAGUAUUGCUGACAGUGACUCUGGUUCGCACAAGGAGGACGUUCGAGCCACGCCAAACAGCGACGACAAUGAAUCAAAUCGCAGCAGCAGCAGCGACACCGAUGAUGACGUCAGCGGUAGCGAUGACCGUGACAACGCCAGUAGCCAUGACGACAGCCGUGGGGGUAGUAGUAGUAGUAGUAGCAGUGGUCACACAUCCCGACGUGUUGCCGGGAAGGCUAGACUCCGGAAAGGAGGUACUGACAGGAAUUUUGCCGGUGAUCUUACAGAGGAUUCAGAAGAUGGCAGCAGUGAUGCAGAUAGCGAUGUCCCGUCCGUGGCAAGUCGCCUGGCCCGCACAUCUGCGGACAUUCGAGCGCCCCCUCGCGUACCCGAGUUGCAGCUACACCCAUGGCAGCGGGUGACGUCCCGAUCAGAGUCUGACCUGCGUCCCCUGGAGGAAAAGUUUGAUGAGGCGCGGCGACUUGCUAAGAUGGCCUUGGACAGCGGUCAGGCUAACACCCACGCACACUACCUGACCAGGGCUGUGUCUCUAUCAUCUCUUCUGCACGGUCACACCAGUUUGAUCACAAUCGACUUACGCAGACAGCUAGCUGAGGCCUAUAUGGAUGUGUUGGAGUACGUUCCCCAAGCCGCACAGCACGCCAAGGAAGUGCUGAAAGCGCUACGCAGCGGCGGCACCAACAGCAGCAGGGACGUGGAAAGCGAGGCGCCCAACCUACCCGGCCUGGCUACUAGCAACGGUGGCGGUGAACACGGCAACAACACAGACGCCGAUGAGGAUCAUCAUCAUCAUCAUCAUCAGCGGGGUCAUGCAUUCAGAGCGGAUCAUGUCGUCGUCAUACCCAGUGGCGUUCAGCCCCAGCUGACCGGCUCUGCGUCGGUACUGCACAAUGGCGUUGCUAUGGCGAGCGGCGGAGAGGCCUCUAGAGGCAUGGCUGGCGGUGUUUCCGUUGACUACAUCGAGUUCAGAUGUUUGCUGUGCCUGGGAAAGGCCGAGCAGAAGCAGAAUAGGAGUAGAGUAUCAGUGAGAACUUUAGAGGAGGCCGAUCGGCGCCACCGACGCAUUGUCCAGACGACGGGGCGAUGCGACGUCGCGGAUAUCGUUGCCUUGGCGACUGCGAGGUCACGGGCCCUUGGGUCACUGCGGAGGACGUCUGAAGCGGCCAAUGUCAUCCGGAAGGCAAUCAGUUACUGCUCGCAGUUGAUGGAGAGUGAGGCUAGCGUAACCAAGGCAACGGAAAGUCCCAUCAGCACCACUGCUACCGUCUCCUGUGCCGACCUGUACAUGCAGCUGGGAACAAUAUUGAAUACUGGAGAGUCAAGGACAGAUGCCAUGGCGGCCAUUCGUGAGGCGCGCACACUGCUCAAGACAACAACGUUGCGCCAAUCCGAACGUACGGCUGAGUGUGAUCUGCGUAUGGCACACAUGCUCAUGGAGUCACCACAACACCAAGGCGGCUCACCGGAGGCGUACCUACGUCGAGCCCUUAAGGUGCUGCAUCGCCUUCACGGCCGUCAGCACCCCAAGGCGUUGGAGAUACAGGAGGACAUUGCCCGUCUGAUGGUGCAGAGCAGUCGGAAUCAAGACGCAGUUGAUCUCCUGAAAGAAGUUAUUCAUGACAAGGCAGCGGUUUUCGGUGACCCAUCGGUUGAGCUUGGCAAAUCCUACCAACUACUCGGGACUUUGUGCCUGGCGUCAGGCAAUCUCUCCGAUGCUCACAGCCAUCUCACUAAGGCGAAGGAGCUACUCUCCUCCUUGUUGGGGUCCAGUAAUCGGCAAAUUGAACAGCUGAACAAGCUGAUCUCAAUGCUGGACAGCUCCCAGACGCAGCAGGGAGGACGGAAUCGGCAGCGCUUUGCCGUCUAGCCACACUCUGAGUACGGCGGCUGGUGCAAUCAGAUAUCCAAGACAUGCUGGCCUGAUGGCAACUCAUGGUAAAUACGAGAAAAGCUGAUCAGUGAUCAACCUGUCAUCAUGAUAUCAAUGUAUUACAUUCAUGAGUCAUGACAUCAUCACAGCAAAGUGGUGAUGCCAUGAUGACAUCAUCCAGGCAUCAAAGUAUUGCUUUGGAAGAAUUUCUGUAAUGUGGCCAUGAUGUUGGAGCAUCAUGAUCUCGUAACAGAUCAGCAUCUCAGCCUGCGCAAUGAGUGGGACAACCGUUAUGUAUCCCGUUCAGUGAUCCCAGGUCUGUUGGUGUGUGUGACACACUGCUACAGGACACCAGUCACAACUCACAGACCGGCAAUACUUGAUAUGCAAUGGUUAAUAUGCAAUGGUUAAGUUAAAUCAACAGCCAUAUACAUGUAGGUACUCUGUGAUGACAUGUACCGGUGUGUUCCAUUGAUUUACCUGUGCUAUGAUCACACAGCAAUGAAGCAAACAAAUCUCUUGCCGCCGUUACUCGGAGUUUCGUGUGAAACACUCAUCAGACAGCAUAAGCUUCAUUGCUGUGUGAUCAUUGUACUACUGGCUCUGUCCACUGGUCAUAGAGCACUAUACGCGGCCUGAGGACCUUACACAACUGAUUUACCUGUGCAUAUAGACCUAUGGGUCUACCGGUAUGCCAUAGAGAAGUUGAUGUUGUCUGAGGAUUGCCUUAGCUUUGCUAUGUGCAUGAAACGCAGCGUUACAGCAAUGACGUAGCCGAUUGUCUCUGUUCUCUUCUGCCUUUGUGGAGAAGUUGAUGUUAUAAUUAUGAUUAGUUGUCUGAUGAUUGCCUUAGCAUUUAGCUACGUGCAUGAAACGCAGCGUUACAACGUAUGUUUCUAUAAUUGGUGAAACCAUUCUUUUUGACCUUUGUGGUUACGCUCCGCCCCUGUGGUGUUGAGCACUGUUGAAACCUGGGUAUACCCACUUAUGUAAUUAUGAUUAGUGAUAUGUACGUGUUCCGUGGCCUAUUCA